AUGUCGCUCCCAUUCAAAAGUACCUUCUUUCGGUCGUGUGCCUCGGCUGCACGAAGCACACGACCACACGUCAACGCCGCGAAGCCCCUUUACGCCGCUGUAUCACAACACAACCAGCUGCGGUGGAGUUCUCACUCGCCCAUGGGCGCAUCAUCCGGAAUUGCGCGGAAAAAGGUGACCCUAGGCCAGCUCAGGAGUCAGCAUCGCAAGGGCGAUCCGAUCACGGUCAUCACGGCACAUGACUUCCCAAGUGCUUACGUUGGCGACAUCGCGGGCAUGGACAUGAUCCUCGUGGGUGACAGCCUCGCCAUGGUCGCCUUGGGGAUGGAGGACACAAGCGAGGUGCUCGUCGAGGAGAUGCUGUUGCACUGUCGAUCGGUCGCACGCGCAACCAAGAGCGCCUUCACCAUUGGCGACCUGCCGAUGGGCUCAUAUGAGAUCUCGCCGGACCAAGCGCUGGAGACGGCGAUUCGCUUCAUCAAGCAGGGCCGUAUGCAAGGUAUCAAGCUCGAAGGCGGCAAGGAGAUGGCCCCCACCAUUCGCAAGAUCACGCAGGCUGGUAUCCCCGUACUCGGCCACGUCGGCCUGACUCCACAGCGGCAAAACGCCUUGGGCGGCUUCCGUGUUCAGGGAAAGACGGCGGCGGGAGCGGCGAAGCUCCUGGAGGAUGCGCUGGCUGUGCAGGAGGCUGGCGCCUUCGCCAUGGUAGUGGAGGCCGUGCCGGCUGAGGUCGCGACGCUUGUGACGCAGAAGCUCUCGGUGCCAACAAUAGGCAUCGGCGCCGGUAACGGGUGUUCGGGCCAGGUACUGGUGCAAGUUGACAUGAUUGGCAACUUCCCUCCAGGUCGCUUCUUGCCUAAAUUUGUCAAGAAGUAUGGGGAUGUCUGGGGCGAGAGUCUCAAGGCGAUCGAGGCCUACAAGCGCGAGGUGAAGAGCCGGGAGUACCCGGCGCCGGAGCACACGUAUCCUAUUUCGAAGGAGGAGCUGGAGGCAUUCGAGGCGACGGUCGAGAAGAUUUGAGGCCUUUGAGUAUCAGCAUUGGGUUGAGUCGCGAUAAAGCGAGACUGGUUGCAUUCUUGGUGUUCGGCGUAGUUGGUGAUCUCUUGAGCAUGGAGCAUUGCAUAUCAUGGAGGCUUGAAUUCGGAAAACAAGAAUGCAGAGCUCUUGUAGCCCUGGUUUGCUUUCCGUUUCGAGAGUGCUUUCGAGUAUCAGCAUCAAUAUGGCAGGUAUUAAUAGAAAUAUGAGCAA